AUGUGGGUGUUCCAAUCAUCGUAUCAAACAUUCACUUACACACACGCUCACAAACACAUAUUCUCUUUCUUUCUUUCUCUCUCUCUCUCUCUCUCUCUCUCUCUCUCUCUCUCUCUUUCUUUAUCCUCUUUGUCACCUUUAUCUAUUUAUUUUUCUUUCUUUCCUUCAGAUCUACUUAUAUUCUUCUCACCUCCCUUUCUAACAAUCUUUCCUUCUGUCAGGUUUUUCAGGAUUUCUUCCUUCGAUUUUCUUAAAUUGCCUCUUUUGCGUUUGACUGUUGUUGUCUCUCUCUCUCCCUCUCGCUCGCUCUCUUUCUCGCUCUCCCUUCCCCUCACUUUUAUCUCUAUUUCUCUCUGUUUCUUUUUCUUGUUCUCUCUCUCUUGCUCUCUCUCUCUCUUUCCUCUCUCUCUCUCUUGUUCUUGCGCACUCUCUUUCUUUCAUUCUAUCGCUGUUUCUCUCUCUUUCUAUCUCCAACUCUUACUCUAUUUGUUUCUCUCUCUCUAUCACUCUCUCUUUCUCUCUGAUUCUUUUUCUCUCUUUCGAUCUCUAUUUAUUUCUCUCCCUGUCUCUCUCUUUCUUGUUUCUCUCUUUCUUUCCUUCCCUCUUUCUUUCACCCCCUUUCUCUCUCAAUCUCUUCUUCUCUAUCUUUCUGUGCCCAAGUGUCUAUGUGCCAUGUCUCUUUAUAGCUCCACACAAAUCUCUGUCUUUUGUUGCUGUAAAUAA